AAUUAUUUAUGCUAAUUAACAAGAAUUCGUCUUGUAUGUAUUCUUAAUAUAACGUUUAAUAUUAUGUUUAUGAAAAUUGUGUAACUGUCACUAUCAAUUAAUGCAGCUGUGAUAUAAAAUAAUCAUACUCAUUAUAAUUAUUCUAAUCAUUAGGUACUUACUGUAUCUACCUAUCUAAUACAUGUAGACUUUAGCAGAUUUAUGGGUAAACAGGGCUUGUUUUCAUUUCACAACUUUGUUACAAUCUUGAGCAUGUAACUGUACCCAAAAAUAAUUAAUUAAAGGUACGUGUUGUAAGUUAUCUUGCAAGUUUCAUCAAAUACACACCUCAUUUAUCAUUUUAUUCGAUUAUAACUAUUUGCAAGCCGCCAAUAACGGGUACAAUGGUCUCCCGGCAUUUAUUAUGAGUUAACUGCUAUACAACAUCACGGUCAACGCAGCGACUAUAAUCCAUGCAUAACAUGAUUAUUCCAAUAACCGUAUACCUAAACUAUGACGAAACUAUUAUCGUAGCCGCUAAAACUGCGUAAUAAUGUAAACAAAACAUAACAAAAAGACGCGUAAGAAUGUUAAAAAAUUGCAUGUCGUGUUUGUAAUAGGAGAGCAAGGAUAGCGGCGGCUGCAUAGUGACUAAUUAGUUUGGCGUGAACAGUGCUCAAGACCGCCCUUUAUCAGUAGUCGGCUAACGACGUACAUCAGCGAGUGCCGUGAAGCGGCCAGAUAAAGGAUUUGCAGUUUGUUUAUGCGUUGCAUCGGAGCGGGAGACGCGAGCGGGGCGUCAGUGCGCGCGCGUUGCCUCGCCCGAUGCACGCGUGUGUCGCCGGUGCGCAGUAGUCCCUCGUCUACGUCGAAGAGCAGACCAUGGCUGAAUGGUCCUUGCCCGACCUCGACUCCCCGAUUAACCAAUACAAUACUUAUCAAUUCGCGAAUAAUUAUUCGUCGUAUUAUCCAAAUAUUCCUGUGACGUGUGUGCCCCCGGCCCAGCCGCCGCAAGCGCAACCCUGCAUGUCGGCACCACCACCAAACAUGGCUCUCCAGCUGGCCUCACAUUCCCAGAUGCCCUACGUGAACCCUCCGCCGCCGCCGCCACCACCACGGCCGGACAAUCCGCGGGAAAUGCGAAACAAAGCAGAAAAGAUGCGAAGAGACAGGCUGAAUCAAUCCGUGGCUGAGCUGGCCGCCAUGGUGCCACCCGUCGUCGCCGCACGCCGCAAAAUCGACAAGACCACAGUUCUGAGACUCACUGCACAUUACUUGAGGGCACAUCAGUAUGUGUUUGGCGACUCGAUUGAAAAGUCCGCGAAGCAGUUCAACCCGGCUUCAGUGCUUAAAGUGCUGAGCCUCUUCAACGGAUUCUUGAUCACCACCACAUACAGGGGCAUCAUUGUAGUCGUCUCACAGAACGUCAAUCAAUAUCUUGGAUACUCUGAGCUCGAUCUGCUCGGCCAGAAUCUACUCAAUAUAACACACGAAGAUGAUCGUGCGUUACUUAAAGAUCAACUGAUGCCUAAGAGCCAGACUCUAGGCCCUAAUGGAGAGCUCGUCAUUCCUGAUGAACCUAACGCGCUGCGCAAAGUCAAGAAAGCCCUGGCUCAAGAGAAGAAACGGUUCAUUGUAAGGUUGAGGAAGAUGGGCCAACGUUCAGAGCCGAGGCAGUACGUGACUUGCCACAUCGAGGGUUCCCUGAGGAAGAGCGACCGAGCCUGCCGCGGCUACAACCGCUGUUGCCAGAUGGUGCGCCGCGCUCGCGCGCGCUGCGACAACCCCUGCGCCAGUGGCAAUGAUAUUGUGUUUAUAGGUAUCGUGCGCCCCACGAGCGAGACAUUCAUCAACGAGAGUGCCCUGGAGUCUUACCGCAUGGAGUACCGAACACGACACUCCAUCGACGGCGAGAUUAUUCAAUGCGAGUCGCGCAUUGCCCUGGUCACGGGUUACAUGACGCAUGAAGUUAGUGGGGUCAACGCGAUGAACUUCAUGCACCGAGACGACGUACGCUGGGUUAUCAUCGCGCUGCGAGAGAUGUAUGACCAGCAUCGUCUCUUCGGCGAAUCCUGCUACCGACUAAUGACCAAGAAUGGUCAGUUCAUCUACAUGAGGACCCGCGGUCGCCUCGAUGUUGACCAGGACUCUCGAGCUGUCACCAGCUUCGUCUGCACUAAUACGGUGGUCACCGAACAAGAAGGUCGACACCUCAUCAAAAUGAUGCGACGAAAAUUCACGAUGAUGGUGAAUAAUGCCAAGCCUGCUGCCAUCGAAGAGAUUGAAGAUGACAUCAAAACUGAAGAUGAGAUCAAUGACAAUCAGCCGGCUCCAGUUGAAGACCCUCGGCGCCUCGAGCAAGUGAUUCUACACUUGGUUACAAACUUACCAUCGCCGCCACCAGAUGGCCAAGACCAAGACCCAUUCACAGCGGCAUCACCAGAGAAGAGCAUGUCUCCAACACAUCGACUUACUAUAAUCCCUCCUAACAAGGAAAGGAUUGUGAGUGCCAUCGAGAAGAUUUACAGCGUCAUCAAGACCUUCCCAAGGGAUAAUGAACACGAAUCGAGCGCUGAGAGCACCAGCAGCGAUGUAGAGCCGGCUCAACUGGCUCGAAAACCAAUGUCGAUUACAGAGAUUCCGUCAACAUCCAAUGCGACAAAUUUAUUGCCGGCUCCCGAACCCCAGGUGCUAGUACCAUACCAGAACCAAGAGUAUAACUGUGUUAAUUACGCCCAAGCGUUAGAGCCGCCCGCUAUUGAGCCAAUUGCCUACAACGGUAACUGUGCAAAUGAAUUCAACACUGAUGAUAUUUUCAAUGCUGGAUCUUCCCCUGAUUUGGGAUAUUUCGAUGCUUCCCCAAGUACCUAUUCCAAUAUGUCUUCAAUAUUUGCGAAUAUAAAUCAGAACGGUGAGGAAAUCAUUCCGCCGUCCGUAACAACUGAUUUUAAUGAGUUUAAUUAUGAAGUACCCAAUUCGUCAAUAGAUGUUCCUCUGCCAAGCUUUGACGAGGAAUCAAGUGAAUUUCAAGCGCUGAACGGCUUUGCAUGUGGCACUAAACGACCAAGGGAAUUCGAAGAAAUGGACAUAACAUACAAAAAGAAAAUAACGGAAAAUUUGCCAGAAGAUUUUAAUUUGGGUCUCGAUUCUCCUACCCUUGAUCAGCUUUUUGAUGAAACAAUAUUCAACAGCCAAAUAGAAUCGGCCAUCGAUUCUUUGGAUAACAUCGACCCGACGUUCCCCGGCUUACUGACCCCUACCGAAAUCCAGGGCAUCUUGGGAGAACUCGAAAAGGACGCGGAACUGGAGCAGCUAAAUUUCAACGGAACUGGCUUUGAAUAAACGACAAACUGAUAUCGCACGUGAAUAUUGCUUUGGAACAAAUGUUAGAUCGAUCAAAAACCUACGAAAUAUGGUUCUUUUUGAAUUUUGUUAAAUGUCAAGGGGUCUCGGACACCUAUACCGAGAAAAUGAGCGCAAGCCAAUUUCCCCAAAAGAUAUUUUGUUAAUGUUUUUUCGAUCGUAUCUACAAAAUACGUUUUUGACUCAAAAUAUUGCAUGUCUGAGUUUAGUCAUCAAAAAUACUUUUAUUUAAAGUCAUGCAAAGAUCUCUGAAAUCAUGUUUGGUUUAUUAAUGGUAGACGGUAGGUUUCGUUAGCAUAGCGUAUUAAAAUUAGUUUGCCCUUUCUUUCAAAACGAUAAAAUUACGGGUUCUCAUAGUCACAUUAAGUUUUUUAGAGGUUUUAAUAUAUGUAACCGCUUCAUGUUUAGCAUUGUCUAUUUUAUUAAAUUCGUUAUGAAGUAGAAUAUAGUAGUCUAGUACUCUAUUCAUUGGUUAGCUUAAGUGACAAGUAGACGUUUGAAUGUUAAUGUAAACCCGAACGGUUUAAUGUACACCAAAGGAUUAGAUAGAUCAGGCACUCUUUAAACUGUUUGAAUUUAGAAUAGUAGACGUGCAUAUAUUUUAUUAUAAAUGUGUAGGUGGUAGCUGUAGCGCGUAUUUAUCGUAAACAUCGCUUAAAUUAUUACUAGAUAUGCCUGGAGUGCACUACGCCGCUCCUAUGUAAUGUCGAGCUAACUGCCCAUACGACUACAUUCACAUCAAACUGCUCCUGGAAAAGCAGAACAGUUCUUAAAAAGUUGUUUUUUUUUUUUUAACAAAGUUGAACUUAAAACCUAGUCACGACAACCAGUAACCUUGUCCUAUAGACAAAAGAUGAUAUAAUAACCUAAAAAAAAAACAAUAAUCCGAGUCUUUUGUGUGAAAAAACUUCGAUUGUCGUAUAUUAUUUUUUACGUAUCUUAAGACUGAGUAUUUUUAAUUGUUUGAUAUUGU